GUCCUAGUAUAUCAACUACGGAUUUUCCUGUUUGGUCUCAGACCAAACGGUUGUCUUACUGGCCGAAAUUUUUAAGGAAUUCACUGGACUGGAAACGAUUCAAUGUACUACUGGCUUGUUCCUGUAUUCUAACUGCCCAGCCCUGGAAUGUCGAAGCCUAGGUAACACGGCUAGAAUCAAGUGGCCCCACCUGUUUUUUCCUGGGCCUUCAAUCGUCAUUCGAGCUUCCAACAAUCAUACACCCCCCAAUAUUUCUUGCGACCAGGUUGAGUUUGUAUCUACGUAUUCUGUUCAAGACGUCGACAUUGCAUCUCUAGCCCUGGAUCCCGGUUACAUUGCAGACAGCAUAUUCCUACGUCACCAGUGGAUCGCCGCAACACAUAUUUGACUCGAGCAGCUGAUCCUGCAAUUUUCAGUCUGCCUUAGACCGCCGGGUCAGACCGCGAUAAUCUAGAGCCAUGGUCGUCGAUACCACCUACUACGACGCAUUAGGCGUCCAGCCAACUGCGACGGAUAUCGAAAUCAAGAAGGCUUACCGCAAACUUGCUAUAGUCCAUCAUCCAGACAAGAACCCGAACGAUCCAACUGCUCACGAGAAGUUCCAGACCAUAGGAGAGGCAUACCAAGUCCUAUCCGAUAAAGACCUGCGCGCAGCCUACGAUAAGUAUGGCAAAGACAGUGCAAAGCCUUCCGAGGGUUUUGUUGAUCCCGCCGAGUUUUUCUCUACUAUUUUUGGCGGCGAUGCGUUUGUCGACUGGAUUGGUGAGAUCAGUCUCAUGAAGGACUUGACUGCGACUAUGGACAUCACCAUGGCAGGCGAGGAGGAGGAAGCUGCAGCGGCAGCCGAAGCCGAGGCGGCAGCGGGUGGCGACGCAGAAUUCCCCGGUACCGAGGACGCUCUACGUGAAAGCGCAAAGACGGCUGAGGCCGGUACGCCGACGGUCACGGUAGAGGAUGAGCCAGAGACCAAGCCGGCUGCCGCUGGCACAUCGGAGAAGACAGCUGCAGAGGCGUCAACUGCAUAUUCAGCAGCAGCAGCAGAGAAAGUCCCCGAGAAAGCUUCCGAGACGGCAUCGAUCCCUCCUCGCGGCACAUCACCGAACACCGCUUCUGGCAGAUCUACCCCCUCCCGACAUGCGAUUCCCAUCCGCCCAGCCAUUAUGGAUCGGCCAUCCGAUGAUGUGCAUUUGUCAUCACAGACAGAGGAGGAGAAGGAGCUGCGCAAGAAGGAAAAGAAGAAGGGUGGCCUUAGCAAGGAACAACGCGAGCAACUUGCUGCCUACGAACGCGAACGCGCCAAGAUCCGAGAAGAGCGUGUCAAGACGUUGUCCCAGAAGCUGCUCGACCGUAUCAGUGUGUGGACCGAGACGGAUAAGGGCACCGACGUAACGCGGGCCUUCCAAGAGAAGGUCCGGCUCGAGAUCGAGAACUUGAAAAUGGAGAGUUUCGGUCUGGACAUUCUACACGCAAUCGGCCAAGUGUACCUGAGCAAAGCUACUGCUCUUCUCAAGUCGCAGAAAUUCCUCGGUAUCACUGGUUUCUUCAGCCGCAUACGCGAUAAGGGCGCUCUGGUCAAGGAGACGUGGAACACCAUCUCGUCCGCCAUCGACGCCCAGCAAACUAUGGAGGAGAUGGCGCGCAUGGAGCAGGCAGGUGGUGACGACUGGACAGAGGAGAAGAAGGUCGAAUACGAACGCCGCGUCACAGGCAAGAUAUUGACAGCCGCGUGGCGGGGUUCCAAGUUCGAGAUCCAGAGCGUCCUGAGAGAUGUAUGUGAUGACCUUCUUAAUGAUAAGAAGGUUCCCAUCAACAAGCGACUGGAGCGGGCCGAGGCGCUCGUUCUUAUUGCCGAGAUUUGCUCCAAAGCCCAGCGGACUCCCGAGGAGGAGGGAGAGUAUAUGGCAUUCGAACAGCUCGUUGCUGAAGCAGCCAUCAAGAAGGACAAGGAGUCCAAGAAGAAGGGCAAGGAGAAGGAAAAGAAGCACGGCUCGGUAUCUGCGGCCGCAUCGGCAAGCGAAGCGACUGAACCAGGCAAUCUGCCCAAGGAGAAGGCAUAGAGGCACUUCCCGAGAGCAAACUGUGCCGUGCCAAGUUUCCUGCGGCGUUUAACUGAUCGGAAGGUGGACGGAUGUUUUGAUCCUGACUAUUGUUAAGAAUAGACAGGUGACCCCUUUUUGGAGGUUUCGGGUAAUAUGUCCAUAUAUCUGCGUUUGAUACCUCCCAAUUCAUCCCUAACCUACCUGCGCUAGAAGGCACACAGAGUAAUUGUGGAAUAACACAGGCCAUUACAUCGUACCCUACGUGUCUUCCCAUAAGUUGAACGUGAUAUCGCCAAUACACUAGAUCAAAGAGCUUCACGAUAAAAUUACUUUCAAAAAGUCUGGCGCACACCGACCCCACUUCCGAGAAUCCUAAUAUUGAACACUAUAGUUCUCAGGUCAAUUACAUAG